CCCGGAAGGACGCCUGGCGGCUGCAUUCAAUAUGGUCAAGGAGGGCAUUGAUGCACUUAUGGUCUGUGGCGGAGACGGAUCUUUGACCGGCGCAGACGUAUUCAGAGCUGAAUGGCCCAAUUAGUGGCUACCCUACGAUCUCAGGGGAAAAUUAGCGAAGCUCAGGCAAACGCUCACGCUCAUCUCAAAAUCGUCGGUCUCGUUGGAUCCAUUGAUAACGACAUGUCCAUGACGGAUUUGACUAUCGGCGCUGUAACGGCUCUGCAUCGCAUCUGUGAAGCUAUCGACAAUAUCAACUCGACCGCGGCAAGUCACUCCCGCGCUUUCGUACUGGAAGUCAUGGGCAGACACUGCGGAUGGCUCGCUUUGCUUGCUGGUGUAGCAAGCGGCGGGGCAGAUUUCCUGUUCAUCCCCGAACGGCCUCCGACGUCUCAGCCCUGGGAGGACGAGAUGUGUGCUGCUAUACAGAAGCACCGUGAAGUCGGCAAGCGGAAGACCCUUGUGAUUGUCGCCGAGGGUGCGCACGAUCUAGACUUGAAGCCGAUCAAGGCAGAAUACGUGAAGGACAUCCUCUCGGAGCGAUUGGGUCUGGAUACUCGAGUGACCACACUUGGUCACACCCAACGUGGUGGUCGCCCCUGCGCAUUGACCGAAUUCUCGUAUGUCUUUGACUAUUCUUCCGCAUACAUCUGGCUAACAUCCUUUCAGCCAACUUUACAAGGGAUGAAGGCGGUAGAUGCGUUAAUGGAAGCGACUCCUGAUACACCUUCUUACAUGAUUGGCAUUCAAGAAAACAAGAUUACGACCGUUCCUCUGAUGGAGGCUGUAGCCAUGACCAAGGCCGUCUCGUCUGCCAUCGAGAGAAAAGACUUCCAGGAAGCGAUGAAGCUGCGCGACCCGGAAUUCAGAGAAAGUCUGGAAGGAUUCAUCUUGACAUCGACGCUGACUAGAAGUGAAGUUACGCCGGAGAGCAAGAAGAUGCGAGUUGCAAUCAUGCAUAUGGGCGCUCCUGCCGGUGGAAUGAACGCAGCUACUCGCGCAGCAGUCCGUUACUGUUUGCAUCAAGGUCACACCCCACUCGCUAUCCAUAACGGCUUCAAGGGCUGCUGGACGACUAUCUCGGCGAACUUUCGUGGCUCGGUAACACUUCCGUCUGUGGAUCUGGGCGCAGUUGCCGCCAAAUUCCAGCAGCAUUCCUUCGAUGCGUUGAUGAUGAUCGGUGGAUUUGAGGCAUUCAGCUCGUUGCAGAUCCUGGAGGAAGCACGAAAGCACUAUCCGGCAUUCCAAAUUCCGAUGGUCCAUCUGCCUGCCACUCUAAGCAACAAUGUGCCGAUGACUGAGCACAGUCUCGGCUCUGAUACAAGUCUGAAUGCGCUGGUCGACGCCUGUGAUGCCAUCAAACAGAGUGCCAGUGCCAGCCGGAACCGCGUAUUCGUGGUGGAGACUCAGGGCGGAAAGUGUGGAUAUCUUGCGACCAUGGGGGCUCUGGCUGUCGGCGCCUGUCUUGUCUACACACCGGAAGAUGGGAUGAACCUGGACAUGCUCAAGCGCGAUGUUCGCUUCCUCAAGGCGCGUUACAAGCUGGACGCGAAGGGCAAGGCUGAGGGUCGAUUGGUCAUCAGGAGCGAAGCAUCUUCCUCGGUGUACACGACGGAGGUCAUCACCCAGAUGUUCAAAGAGGAGGGUAGCCCUCUGUUCGAUUCUCGCUCUGCAUCGCUGGGCCAUACCCUCCAAGGUGGUACUCCAUCACCCAUGGAUCGCGCUCGAGCAGUGCGGCUCUCGCUGAAAUGCAUGGCUUUCCUGGAAAGGCAUCACGAGCUACUCAGCCAGCAACCGGCGAAAUCGCGGUCAGCAGGCCCGGAUUCUGCCGCAGUGAUCACUAUCCAGUCAAGCUCAGUCAAGUGGGUUCCCGUGCGUGACAUGGUCGAACAUGCGGAUAUGAAGAAUCGCCGUGGGAAAAACCCCUGGUGGCACGGUGUCCGGGAUCUGGUCGAAAUGCUCGUCGCACGACCGCAAUUGGCAGGUUUGCGCGCGGGUGACCUAGAGGCGCUUUAGAGACGAAACGAAUCGUUUGUUGUAUCAUUUCGAUUGUGUCACAUGACUCGCGAUCCUCCCUCCUGUCAACCGCCAUGACCAGUGCUCGACCACCCCUGCCUUUGCGCAACGCCAACAGCCUGCUCGAGAAUGCGGUACUACCGACCGUGAAAUACCAAAUAUUAACUUGCCAGGGUAGCGAUAUCCUUGUCGGCAGACUUAAAGUAGAGACACCAACGCCCGUUGGACACGCCUUCAUCCUCCGACGUUUCGACACCGAUGCCAUUUCCCUCACGACCAUGUUUCGCGCGGCAUUCCCGAGUGCGGGCGAGGAGGCUGAGAAACGCGAGGUUCAAUGGGUUAAGGACACGUACGAUCUGACUGGGAACAACGGGACCUCCAAGGACCUCGCCAUCACUCGCCUCGCUGGAACCUGGGUCAGCCCGUCGAUUGCAGUCGAGAUCUCGGAGGCGUAUCAGCUACGCGAUCUCAUCCGGGUCGUCGUUGAAGCCAAACCGGACCCAAAGGCCACGUAUCGCCGGUCUGGCAAGAAGGAAGCACCCCCACCAGUGCCACUUGCCAGCGCCGCGCGAACGUUACCCUCUCCGACAUCCCCGACGUCCGAGAAACCAGCAAAGCGAAGAAAAGAGUCGUCGCCUGCCCCGCCAGCCGCCCCGCCCGCCGUCACGCCUCGGCGUUCGACCCGCACGAAGAGUCCGAAACCGAUGACAGCGCCCAUGCCCUCGUUCACAUCGGUCACCCGUUCGGCCAAGAAGUCUUCACGCCGAGAAGAAACAGACCUCACGGUCAAGUCUGACGAGACGGUGGUUGUAGAUGAGGAGGGUGAUGCGCUGGCUCAGUCGGUUGGGAACGAACUCCACGCCCAGGAUAUAGCAGAGCAGAGAGACAUGAUUGCUGAACUAAAAGCUCAGAGAGACAAAGCGGCUGCAUUGGCUGCUGCGACCGCCGCCGAUGAAGAGGACGGAGAUCAGGACAUGGCCGACGAACCCCCCGUCAAUUUGAAGCGUCUUCGAGAAGACGAAUCGAAGCCUCUCGAGUUUGAUUUCAAGGAACCUCAAGUCGGCGAGCGGGCCAUUGCCACGAACCGCAGGAUUACCCCCAAGCAAAAGUCACUUGUUUGGGGCAUGGUUGCUUUUGCCGUAGGGGCAUCUGUCGUCUCGUUCUUGCCCAACCUAUUCUAAUGACUUUACGCCCCCUUUGCCGAUUACAUUAUUCUAGUUGUAUCUCUUUCUUAUCAAUCUAUCUCGGAUCGUAAAUAUGAAGCUUCAAUUGUCUUGUUGUAUGUAGAACCAAAGUCGUCAAACCAAACAGCCUGCUCAAGGUUGACACAUGAGCAAACCGGACUCUGAAUACAGUCCAGUCGCAUAGAGAAUGCCUUCCGCGCUGCGCAAGCCGGUCGAAGAGGACGAGAAUACCGUUCCAUCGCUCUGAAAGACAGUCUCGACUGAGUAAUCUGGAGCGAUGACCGAUAUCCAGCUGGGUGCUGUUGCUUUCGAUGUAGGAUCUGCUUUGACCUGCAGAAGCGACGGGAAGUGGGCAUGGCCCGCGACGACGAGCUUCGAUUCGGAAUCGUACUCUAGGUUAUCAGGGAGGAAGGGAAGAAUGACCGAGCGCUGAUACUUCAGAGCGUUCGUUUCUGCGUUCCGGCUGUAGAAACGAACGGCACUAAGUGAAGUCGAGGCGACGGCGACCUGCAAGCCCGAGGGAGAGACCGACACGCCAUUGGCAAAAGGGACGAACAGUGCUGCUGGUUGGCUUUUGAUGAUGGAUUCAGCAGCGUCAGGGUUCGGGUCCACAGACACAUGGGACACCCAGCCAAGCGGCAGGGCGAGGAAUGUCUCGAUCACCGGGAGGACGUGUCCAACGAUGGGCAGUCUGCGCGUCAUCAGAUGAUCGUUCGUCACAUAAAAUGAGUGAGGAGAGGUGAGGGCGAUGGAGUUGGGUGAUGCGAAGUACGGAGACACGAUCGUUCGUAUGUGUUUCAUCGCUUCUCCUGCAGGGGCGAGAGUGAACUGUUCGAUAACGGUCCUCUCCCGGGCAUGGUUGACUACAAAUAGGUUACUGGGAUUCUUUCCAUCGGAAGGCCAGAUAGCAAGGCCGAGAGGGUGGAAUGUGUGGUUCUUUGGGAACCCUUGCAGCGCUAGUCUCCGAGCGGCCCCAGAACUGUGUUCCACGCUUUACGCCCCGCAUCACAGCUCACAAGGACGUAUUGAUG